CUCGUCUCCACUCACGUUGUUGAUUUUUCUGCCUGAUCCCUUUGUUAGUCAUCCCACCAGUCCAAAGUCAAAUCUCCGCCGUCUUGCCCCCCUGUUUGUCGAUCCAUUUACCCUCUUUGAUCGUUUAUCUGUUCUUUGCCUCACUCACCCUGUCGGAUUGCCAACUUGUCAGCCUUGUCUUUGCAAAUGAUCUCUGCUUUUGGGGCCGCCGUCAUAAACCCACUGCCUUAUUCAGAUCCAAAUCAGCCCGAGACUCAUCCGCAUCCUUUUCGGCCUGCUGCCUCAGAGCUAUGCCACAACCCAGGACCAACCUUUGAGACGAUGGGCAGUGCCCUUCCCAAUCAUGAUCACCCGGCACUCUACUAUCGCCACCCAGUGUCCAGAGAGCGACAGCUCAGGCUCCGCGCUCCAUACCAUGGACCGAGGGUCGAUGUGUUCAGUGCCUCCGACGUUUCCCACGGACUGUCUAUCACCACACACACGCUACCGCAAUCCGAGCCGCAUCCGCCUGCAAUGCUUUCACUGGAAUCGUCCCAGGCUGCUCAUGCCAUUCACCAAUCCACGCGCCAUCUGUCCUUUUCUGCAACGUCACCGCCGGCUCCUCUGGACAUAUACCUUGGAGAACACCCGUAUCCAUUUGACGGCAAGCAUGCAUUCUCGCACCCAAGCGAAGCGCUCCCUGGUCGCCGGCCCAUGCUGCAUGCAGGCUCAAACUACCCACCUCGGCGCGUGUUCUCAGCAGGGCUUCCAACCUUUCCUGGCCCGCUCCACCACUUCUAUUCCCAUGCAGAGCCCUAUCCACAGCCAGUCGAACCGCACAUCGAUGCGUACGGUCGUCUCUGGUCUCAGUCGCACGGCUUGCUUGAGCCAAGCGAGUUGAGCGGGCAUUUGUAUGAGCCCACCACACAGGAAGGGCUCUCAGCUGCACAAGAUAGGGUGGCCAUCAAGCAUCUCUGCGCAGACUCCUAUUCUAUGGAUGUGUCGCUUGACGCUGGCGACAAGAUGUUCUGCCGCGCAUCUAGGUCGCCCGUUCUGCCUCUGGGCAAGCGUCGCUCGCAGCACCCGCUUCAAACUCUGACCGUCAAUCCGAACCUGGCACAGCCAACACUGAUCCAGCCUCUGUCCGAGUGCACGGUCGAUGCGGACACCGACGAGGAUGAUGUCGUCCAAAUCAAUGCAGAUGCAGGUGCAGAUAUCGACGUUGAUGACAAUGGCGAUAUCGAUGACGAUAUCGAUGUCAAUGUCAAUGUCAACGCCAACAUCAGCGUCAGCGUCAGUGACGAUGAUGGCAGCGAUAGCGAUGGCAAUAUCGGUACUGAAGUCAAUGUCUGCACUUGGUCCGAGAUGAGAAUUGGCGAGGAGUGUUUCAUCGCCAAAGGUGACGAUUUCCAAUUCAGCAACCAGGCCGUCAAAAUCGAGGCUCUGGGGCCAGCUGUAGACUCAAGCACUGGCGCCCGAAAUGAAACUCUCGACAGGGACGGGGACAGAGAUGAAGACAGCCAGGACGAUUUACAUUACCAGUCAGAGCUCUCGUUUGCUGGCCGAUGUGAUGACGGCGUUGCUGUUUGUGGGAGACCAAGCUCGGAGACUCCGGAGUACGGCAUGGACAUACUUCAUCUCCAAUCCGCCUCAUCCGCAACAUAUCUUAGGACCGGUAUCGAUGGCGAGCCGAGUAUGGACUCUGCUGAAGACGACCCACCGGUCGUGACCAAGAGCCGGUCCUCCGCCUCCGCCAGGCGCAUACUCAAGGAAGUGAGCGACGAACAGGUCAGCAUCGAGCUGGUCUCGGUGUCUAUCGAUGGGAUCGACGAUUGCGAACCCGUCGUCGCCCCAAAGCGACAGAGACAUGUGGGCAAGGCCUGCAUCCACUGCAAAAAGGCACAUUUGGCUUGCGACAGUGGCCGUCCCUGUCGUCGGUGCAAGCAUAUGGGUAAAACUGACUGCAUCGACGUUGAGCACAAGAAGAGGGGCCGCCCUCGAUCCAUCAAACGCGACUGAACGGUGGAUGUGGGUGGUACGCGGGAAGGGAAGGGGAAUACUUUUCAACAGCGGCUGAGCAGAUUGGUGUCUUGGUCUGGCAAGA